AUGGCAAUAAGAGUUCAAUUUGAGAAUUCAAACGAAGUGGGUGUAUUUUCAAGAUUAACAAACUCAUAUGCAUUAAUAGCUUUAGGAAGUUCAGAAAAUUUUUCAAGUGUAUUUGAAUCCGAAUUAUCACAACAUAUACCACUAGUUUAUACAACAAUAGGAGGAACAAAAGUUAUAGGAAGGGUUUGUGUUGGUAAUAGGAAAGGAUUAUUAGUAUCUAGUAUUUGCACAGAUCAAGAAUUAUUACAUUUAAGAAAUUCUCUACCAGAAAAUGUAAAAAUAAAAAGAAUUGAAGAGAGAUUAUCAGCAUUAGGAAAUUGCAUAACUGCUAAUGAUUAUGUUGGUUUAAUACAUACAGAUAUAGAUAGAGAAACGGAAGAAAUUAUUCAAGAUGUUUUAGAUAUAGAAGUUUUUAGAACAUCAAUUGCUGGUAACUUAUUAGUUGGUACUUAUUCUUAUUUUACUAAUAAUGGAGGAUUAUUACAUGCUAUGACAUCUUCACAAGAAAUUGAAGAAUUAUCUGAACUUUUACAAAUUCCUUUAAUAACAGGUACAAUAAACAGAGGAAGUGACCUGAUAGGGUCAGGUUUAGUUGCGAAUGAUUGGUCAGCAUUUUGUGGUAUGGAUACAACAGCUAUUGAAUUAAGUAUUAUUGAAAAAGUUUUUAAACUUAAUAAUAUAAAUGAUAAUAAUAUAACAAAUAAUUUCAAAUACAAAUCUUCUAUUAUUAAAACUAUGAUAUAA